AUGGCCGCCCGCAAGCGACCUGCUGCCGUCCUCGACGCCGACCACGGCCACGCGACGGCUCAACAUCAACAAUCGCCGACGUGCUGCAAGAGGAGCCGCGCCUCCAUCGGGAGCACCGACGACUACGAGAAGGUGGCCUGCCUAGGCGAGGGUGGCUUCGGCGUCGUCCACAGGAUGCGCCACCGCGUCACCAAAAAGGACGUGGCCGUCAAGUUCCUCUCCUCGCCGGACGACACCGAGGAGCCCCCCGACGUCCAAGAUCUUGAGCGGGAGGCACGAUUCCUCGAGGCCUGCAACGGAAACCCUUACGUCGUCGGCUUCGAGGGCAUGGUGUGCGACCCGGCCACCGGCGACACCGCCGGCCUCGUCAUGGAGUACGUCGCGGCGUCGAGCCUCCUGUCUUUAUUGUGGGACAGGCGCGGCGACCCGCCACUCCCGGAAUCCACGGUGCGCGACUUCAUGCGGAAGCUCCUGACCGGCGCCGAAAAGAUGCACGAGCACGAGCGCCACAUCGUCCACCGUGACAUCAAGCCAGCCAAUAUCCUCGUCGGGAAGAACGGGGAGCUCCUCAAGAUUUGCGACCUCGGGCUGGCCAUGUCCAUGUGCGACUGGCCGCCGUACAACCAGGUCGGCACGGCGCCCUACAUGGCGCCGGAGAUGAUCCUGGGCAAGCAGGACUACGACGCGCUCGUGGACACGUGGUCCAUCGGCUGCGUCUUUGCCGAGCUGCUCACCGGCACGACGCUGUUCACGGUCGACCCCGAAGACGAGGAGGAAGACGAGACAAAGAAUGACGUAAAGCAGCUGUGGAGCAUCUUCCGGGUGCUCGGGGUGCCGGACGAGAGGACGUGGCCAGGCUUCACGUCGCUGCCGCUGGCUAAGAAGGCGCCGCAGCUGCUACAGGCGGGGCACAACAAGCACCGGCUGCGGGAUUUGUUCCCUGAAGAGAAGCUGUCCGACGAAGGAUUCCAGGUGUUGCAAGGGCUCCUCACGUGCAACCCCGACGAGCGACUGACGGCAGCCGCCGCGCUGAAGCACCCAUGGUUCGCAGCUCCUCGUUCCGCCGCCGACGCCGUUGAGAAGGUCGAUGCUCUGUCGUUUCCGAAAAGGAAGACACCAAGGAUCAAGUUCAUCCCGCCGGCCAUGCCCCAGAGCCAUCUGUGCUUUGAUGAGCCAUCUGUGUAA